AGUACGCUCGCGCAAGAGUCAAGACAGUCUCGAUGCGAGAUACACAAUAACCAGUACUUGCGGACAGGAUUCCCUCCAGUGUUCGUUUUACCUACAUCGACAUCAUUUCACAUGAACCAGGCUAACUCGUUCCGGCUCCGGGAUCUGGAGGCUCUGCUUUCGCGUACCACAAACGCGUACUAGCGCGGGGCUCUAGACAAUAUUUAUGUCGGCCCUCUGCACUGUGGAAUGCAAACUGGCCUCCUUUGUCCCUACUUCUCCUCUAUUAUAAUCGCCAUGCGCACGCCGGACCUCCUGCGCGACUCCUUUUUCGGCCGCAUCGCCUACCACGUUUCCGGUAGACGUCUGUUUCAGCACCCUGAAGAGCACCCUAACUUCGUGCUGCCUCGGCGCUAUGCUGCCCACCUGGCUGGUCCCAGUCUGCAGACAAGGCAUUUUGCAAGCUCGUCAGAGUCACUCGACCCCCCGCCUCCCGGAUUGAUCACAAACUUGGACGUGGGUGCAUCAAGUAGCACCCUGAUUGGCGGCAUCACACCCGGGAUUGAAGCGAAGAUCGAGGAUCAUAUGGCGAAAAAAGAAAGCACGGCCGCGCGCGAGGUGCUUCAUCGGCUGCCACAGGAUACUGAGAGGGUAGAUCUAGCUGCAACGGCGAAAGAGGAGCAGCGGGCUCACGAGGACCCAAAUAUCGUGGACUGGUACGGUCCUGAUGAUCCUGAGUGCCCCAGGAACUGGUCGCUCGCGAAGCGAUGCUUCGUCACCUGCCAGAUCGGGCACCUCACGUUUGCCGUUUUCAUCGGCUCAUCCAUCUAUGCACCAGGCACCGCGGACUUAUCCGAGAAGUUUGGCAUCUCAGUCGUGGCAGCGAACCUUGGCAUCACGUUGUUCGUCCUUGGGUAUGCCUUUGGACCGAUGAUCCUCGCACCAAUGAGCGAGAUCCCUCAGACUGGCAGGGUAUCGGUGUACAUGAUUACCCUCCUCAUAUUCAUGCUUCUCCAGAUCCCGACUGCGCUAGCAAAGAAUCUCGGCGCCUUGCUACCUCUGCGAUUCUGGGCAGCGUUCUUCGGAUCGCCGGUUUUCGCUACCGGCGGCGCGACCAUCGCAGACAUGUGGCCACCGGAAACCCAGGUGAUUGCAAUGUCUGGGUGGACUCUUUCCGCGAUGUGUGGCCCGAGCAUUGGCCCCGUUAUUGGCGGCUUCGCGGUCCAGGCCAAAGGCUGGACGUGGACGAUCUGGAUCAUGCUCUGGCUCACUGGUGCCACCUGGGUCUUCCUGGCCUUCACGAUGCCCGAGACGUCGCCCCAAGCGAUCCUCUACAGCCGUGCAGUCCGUCUGCGCAAGCUCACGGGAAACCCAAACCUGAGGACUCAGGCUGAGAUAGAAGGAGAAAACAUGACAAUGAAAGAAGUUGCCAUGAUGACCAUCGUGCGUCCGUUCUAUCUCGGGUUCAGUGAGCCCGUCGUUCUAUUUUGGAAUCUGUAUGUUGGAUUGGCAUACGGUAUCCAAUACUGCUUCGUCGCCUCCUAUAAUGUGAUUUUCACCGGGCAUCAUGGCUUCAACCUGGGGCAAAACGGUCUAACUUUCCUCGGCAUUGUUGCAGGUGGCAUAGUGGGAUUCAUAGGUCUUGUACCUUGGGCGCUUUAUGUACUCAGGCCCAAGUUUACCAGGGGAGAAUUUGUGCCAGAAGAUAGACUGCCAAUCGCAUUUCCAGGUGCUUUUUGCUUUUCUAUAGCUAUGUUCUGGUUCGGCUGGACGAGCGGCGCUGGAGUGCCUUGGAUCGUCCCCGUCAUCGCUUCCGCGGUGUGGUCAUUAAGCGUGCUUCUUCUGUUCCAGGCCGGUUUGAACUACCUUGCCGACUGCUACCCCCGUCAUGUCGCAUCGGUAAUGGCGAGCAAUGACCUUUUCCGGGCCAUCAUUGGUGCUGCGUUCCCUCUGUUCAGUACAGCGUUCUUCAAUAAUUUGGGUGUAGGCCCCGCGAUGAGUAUCAUUGGCGGAAUCACCGUACUAAUGCUGCCAGUCCCAUUUGUUCUCUAUCGCCAUGGAGCCAAGAUCCGCUCUUGGUCUAAAUAUACGGGCUAAGUGCAUUGAGCUUCGUAAAAGAGGCCCUGCGGUGAUACAUGAACUGGCGUCGGUGGCCUUACCUCGCGGGGACCACCAUGAUAAGUUUGGUGCUGACGGUGAUUGAGGAUGAGGGGUUGGUUUGGGGUCUGGUGUGGUAGAGCUCACCGACUGGCUCGGUGCUCGUGCGGGGCCAGGGCCGUCCGGUACGGUUCUGCAGAUCCUCGCACCCUCAGGUCUUAAAUCUUACCAGGGAGUACCAGCACGGACACUAUUUAUUAUCGACCGUAGCAGAGGCCCUCUUGUAACAGUAGUCUUACGGGGCCCUUUUCAACAUGCGAAAAAGCAAAUCGAUGCAUAAACUAGUGUACCUUCUUGUCGAGCAUUCGUAGCAAAUAAUGCAGUACAGCUGGCCAAGGCCGUUCGAACUGUCAAGACGCCAACGUAGCACCCUCUUUCGCUUUUUCUUUUUGUUCUCCUGGCUUCACACCUGUUCUCGUACUCGUAUCCGAGGCCCAGCCCCAGUCUGCUCCCUUUUCGCAUACCCAUUGCUGGCGCUCUCGUUUGCUCAGCCUAUCCACCCUGCAAGCCCUGAUUCUCGAGUAAGUCUUGCCUAUUUGUCGAUCUGGCUGUCAAGAUAUUGACGAAUAACGGCAAGGACCUCCUGUUUCGCCGCGGCCGGUACGGACGCUAUACACUGAUAGUAGAAUACAGAUUGUUGAAGCAAAGCACACAUACAUUCCGCGCGAAGCCGCAGCUGUUCCAUAAGUUGACGAACAGGGGUUGUGUCAGAAUGACGGGCCAUCUCUGACACGAUAGGUCAGACACAAAAAGUGCAACUCCACACAUUCAUGAAAAGAUGUUGACCUUUACUCUCAUGAUGAAUCUCGUCAAUCCACCCAGCCUCAUCUAAUCGUUUCGAAAACAUAUCGCUGAUCCUAUGUUGUGGAUGCUGUUAAGACAUGCGUUUUUCUAUGUCGAUGUCCGACAGCCGCGAGUCGCGACGACGCGACCUACCUCUCCCAUUCGCCGCUCUCAAUCAUUCUACGAGUGACCACCGCAUACAUGGCGUUUUCACCUGCUUCAUUACGCGGCAUCUAGUCCCAGAAAGUACGAAGGAUGCCUUGUACGACGUAGAGGAGAAAGAGAAAGGAUGGUGCCAGC